CGACCUUUUGUUGCUCAGUAAGAUAAUGCGUUCGGAUCGUGAAUGUUAGUUGCGAUACACAGUAUUAAAUGCGACCCAAAAUGGUUCGAGAAAUAUCGUACGUUUCCAUCAAAUCUCGUUCUAAACCAGUGAUUUUUGUGCAAUCGUUAGUAUCAAAUCGAUUUACGCGAAAAUAUGGCGUAUUGUCCCUAAUUCUGUUGACAGCCCUCGGGCUGCUUUAUUACCGACGAGUUUUGUUUUUCUGUGAUGAUUUGCAGCAAAAGUACAUCCAUCAAACACUACCACUGUAUCAGCGUUCCGUAUCCUUAACGUUUGGAAAUGAAAGCUGGUUACAAGGUGAAGAUACAGGAGAACGUGAUCACUGGCUACCGAUUGGUGAACCGAAAAAAAGGUUUAAAAUAUAUUCAGCUUAUUUUGAUCCCCGGCUUGAGGUGGUUGAGUCCUUCCCUACGCCAGAUGGAUUUCUACCGUUCGGCAGUGUUCGCAUCUUUGCAAUAUUGCCAUUUCACGUACGAAAAGGAGACAUAUUUUGCAAUUUCAGAUCAGAUAACACCUAUGUAGCGCAACAUCAAGCAGACCGGGUUGAAGCGGUUCAUGAGCAUUGGAAUAUGGAAUUUGCCGCCAGUUAUGUGAUAUGCAAACUUGCCGGAAAUAUUACUAAACGCGAAGCCCGCCUACCGGACGAGGUAGCUUUAAGCUAUCUUUCUGAGCCCAGCAUGCGGGAAGCAACCAGCUUUGUUCGUAUAAAAUACCCUACCACGGACCGACUUCUCCGAUCUGCUCCCACCCGAUCAUUGGCUGUUUGCGUUGGUCCAUUGCAUCACGACUUUGCACAUGCUCUUCGAGUGGUGGAAUUUUUUGAAUAUUACCAAAUGAAUGGAGCAGAACGGUUCUACGUGUAUAACAAAUCGGCUACACCAGAAGUAGACACCGUGUUGCGACACUAUCAAGCCGCCGGACUGGUACAGGUUUUGGACUGGCAUUUCGAAGGAUACAAGUUCGAGAGCGAGCUGCGCUACGAGGGCAUAUUUGUGGCCCUAAAUGAUUGCUUUUAUCGUGCUACAAUUGCCGGAGGGUUUAAAUACACAGCGAUAGUCGAUUUUGACGAGCUGCUAUUUCCGACCAGUGAUAAUGAAACGCUUCUGGAGUAUUUGCAAACAAAAGACCGAUACGAUGUGCAUUCGUUCAACUUCCAAGGUGUGUUUUUCUACGACAUCUAUUCGCCUGAUUUCUCAAAGGUUCCACCGUGGGCAAACAAUACUUACCUCUACACACAGGUGCGUAAUGUGCGCACGAAAAACCCUCUUUUACAUCACAACCGCAGCAAAUAUGUGCUGAAGGGUCGCAACGUCUUAGAAGCUGGUAAUCAUUUUGUCUGGAAGGCGGUAAGAGAUACUCACGAAUAUGCCGUACCGGAAAAUGAAGGACUUUUGAUGCAUUAUCGCGAUGGCAGCCUGGGCUACGACUUUGAAAACGUUGUACUAGAUAACCGAGUCCGGGAGCGGUUUGGAGAUGCAAUAUGGCGAAGGGUGAAUGCGCAGUGUGCACUUAUCUUUCCUGAGACGACUAUGUGUCCCCUAGGAGAACACUAUACCCGAACUGCAUCAGUUCGAUAAAACAGCAAAUGCAUCACAAGUGAUUUUUGAGAGCUUUAUUUGACUUAUAAAUUACCUUAUGCCUAAAAUGCUACGUACUGGAGGACAUAGGUGGGCUUAGAAGAUCGUUGGUAGUUGGAAAUGAAGAAAAACACACCAUCCCUGGACAGAGA